CUGAUUGGCUCGUCCAUAAAUUAGUCUCGCCUUUAUUAAAAUUGAGGAUAUUUCGAUGAGACAUAGCUUUUAACGCAUGAGUCCUGUCUGAACUCAAGAAAUAGUCAUUUGUUCACUGAUUAUCAGUAACGCUUAAAACUGCUAACUCCACAGAGUCGCUACUAACAGAACAGUAGUCAUGAUCAUGUACAAUGUCAGCGAUUGUCGAAGAGUAGCUAUAUCGAUUAUCCGUCAUAUAUGAACAUCCAGGUAUUUUCAGAUAACUGUUUUGAUUAAUCAAUUUACGAAAAAAUGUCGUUGCUUAUUCUACUCUUUCUGAUGAUACCAAUUAGUAACCAGUCAGCAUUAACGCAGAUCCUGGUAACUUCAGAUUUAAUUGAUUCUCCAUUAGUAGUUUACUCACAAAUUAUUUCUAAUUUCAAUAUUCACAUUUUCAGAAUCUUAUAUACACCUCAACCACUUUUGUACUUGCUUUAGCUUCUCAUCAUUGACCGAAUACAGUGAAGACUAUAGUUCGUAAAAUUUGACCUAGUUGAUCAAUACAGAUGGAUCUGAUUUGUGAUGUAUUACGCAUAAAAUUAAGAGGAAAUCAACAUCGCCUUCUGUAUUUUGAUAAAGAGUUGAAAUAUUUGCAGGACCUUAUCACAUCCACAGUUUCAAAAGGUGAAAGUAGCUCUAUAUUGAUAAUUGGUAGAAGAGGUGUUGGUAAACAUCAUGUAAUUUUAUGUAGUAUGUAUAUUUUAUGGCUUUAGCUAAUCAAAGAAGCAAUAAAGAAAGCAAAAGAAAACUCAAAUAUUGGCUCUGGGAUUUCUGAAGUUUACUUGAACGGUUUAAUUCAUACAGACGACCGUUCUGCUAUGAAAUCACUAGCUAAACAACUACAUAAUGAAGCCCUAUUAAAUAAUCUAGUCCAAUCAGACUUUAAUCCAACUUCUGAUUUUCACAACAGUAUGAAAAAUUUGCCUUUUUCUCAACAGCUCAAUUUAUUCUUAAAUGAGGUCCGUCAAAAUCAUGGAACUCGAAAAGCUGUUCUAAUUGUCCUGAGUGAAUUUGAUCUUUUUGCUUUACAUCAUAAUCAGUUGUUGUUGUACAAUUUAUUCGAUUGUUGUCAAUCUCCUGAAUCUCGUAUUUGUAUCAUUGGACUAACAUGCCGUUUAGAUGUUAUGGAAUUAUUAGAAAAACGAGUUAAAUCAAGAUUCUCGCACCGUCAAAUUUAUCUUACAUCGCCUGGAGCACCAAUUGAGAAUACUGAUUCUUAUGCAUCUGACAACAACGACAGUAACAAUAAUUCACGAUCUGAACCAUUUAAACGAUUUUGUGAAAUUUGUAAACAUUUGUUAAGUGUUGAUAUUCAUGAUUUACCACCACAAUUAUCACCAUUAUUGUGUAAAUCCAACUCUAAAGAGUAUCAUGAAUUAGAGUUGUCAAUUAAAUCGUGGAAUCAUCAUAUUACAAAAUUAAUGGUUGAUGAAAUUGUAAUUGAUUCGUUAAGACAAGCAUGGUCUAUUUCAGUGAGCAUUAAACGUUUGGUCAAUUUGUUGAUUCCAAUAGUUGCUUCACUUGGACCUGAACACGAUCGUAUUGAACCAGUGCAAUUUAUAGAAUCUUUAUGUACAUUACAACAAGAUUCAAAGCUCACUUCACUGAAGGGUUGUUCCGUAUUGGAGCUAUUUUUAAUUACUGCCAUGGUCAAACUUCAAGAUAUGAAUGAUGGGAAACCGGUUAACUUUGAGAGUUUGUAUUCUGAAUACUUAAAGUUUUGUCGUUCCAAUUGUCCUGGUCAUUUAUACGAUAAACCGGUUGUUAUGAAAGCAUUAGACAAUCUAAUUGACUUUGAACUGAUUAUAUCUGGUAAAGCUGCAAUCACUGCAUCCACUGGUCUAUCAACCACUGGAUCCAACAAUAAGGCCAUUUGGAGUUCAUCAUCUACUUUACCAAAUUAUCGUCCAUUAUUUUGUUAUGUAGACAGUGAUAUUCUCACCGCUUGUUUAGAUACUUAUCCGAAUUGUCCAGUUGAAUUGCGAUAUUGGAUACAUUCAAGGACGUUUUGAUUAAUUUCUGUUAUUUUCCACGUCUUUUUUCCGAAAAAUAUUUACAUUACAUUAGAGUGUAAUAUUAUGUGCAAUUGUACAAAAUCCAUUCAACAGUGUUUGUUUAUUUCUAUUCAAUUGUCAAUCUUCUGUGAAUAAAACCAUCAGAAAGUUUCG